UAUAGAUAAAAACAAGCCCAUGAAUCCAAGCUCAUGGGAAUUAUUUGGGAUAAAUUAUGGAGUAAUGGCUUGGUUGGCAUGGAUGGAUGAACAUUGCCCGUCUGGCGAAGCAAGGCAUCUGCAUCAGCAAAGCUUGGCGCUGGCAAUGUUGCUCGACUUCGCCAGAAAGAGGCUGGGUGGCAAAGACAUGGAAAUGAACUUGAUUCCUAAAAUAGUGCAGUUUGAUGCCAACCGAAGAUUGAAAAUCCUGCCAGAAACUAACCAGAGGUGUUGUCUUGGUCACCAUCAGCCACUUGUAGCCAUAUUGAAUGCAAGGGUGGCUAUACAAGUUGCAUGGCCUUGGAAACUAUUGUAAAAGAUUGUUAUUUGCUGGCAGAAUUUUCCAAAAUCUUGUGCAAAGCUUGGGAAACUCACCAAAUCUUGUGCAGAUGUUGUUUUUAGUAGUUGCACUCAAGCACCUCCCCAAAGAUGAGAUUUCGUAUGGCUGGGGACAUUGCCAAAAAUCUACAAUUUCCAGUUUCUUGGCCAGAACCAACAAACUUCAUUGGGACCA